UGUGAGCACGUUGUUGUGUUUGCUUUGUCAAAAGUGAAGCUAAAAUCAUAUGUAGUGGUUAACUGGUUAAACAUUAAUAUUUAAUGUGAAUUUAUUUAAUAUUAACUUCUAUUAUAUCGCUUUUAUUUACGCUUGUAUAUUACAAUAAUUAAUUACUUAAAAUCAUGGCUGACACAAGUACCAAGGAAUCAUCCGUUACAAAAGUUCCUAUGAUAUAUGUCUGUGGCGAAUGCCACAGAGAAAAUGAAAUUAAACCAAGAGAUCCCAUACGGUGUAGAGAAUGCGGAUACCGAAUUAUGUACAAGAAAAGAACAAAAAGAUUGGUGGUAUUUGAUGCGCGAUGAUUUGAAGAAAAUAAAAUAAGUGUUGUAAUUUUACAUUUACUUUAAUCUUAUCAUUAUAAAAUAUCCAUCCAUAUAAUGUAUAGUAAACAAUAAAUGGGCAAAUAUUUGACAUA